CUUUCUCGUUUAACAAUUCUCUUCCAAAAAAAUGAACCCAAAAAUAAUUAGCUAAAGAUAAAUAGAUUAAAUAUCAUUAUAUGAACACGUGUCCAUUUCUGAUAUUUAAUUCUGAAACCCCAUCUUCACACCCAAUCCCCAUAAUCUGAUUUGAUCUUCCCAUCUUUCAGCACCCCUGAAAAGAAAAAAAAUCACCAACCCUAGAAAUUACAACAACAAGAACUUAAACUCGAUCCAGAAUUAGCCAGAGAGAAAAAAUAAACCCAGAAUGACCACUACAACUUCUUCAUUUUUAUGUAUACCAAUCAGAACUUACACUCAGCAAAACCAGAGGGGUUUUCUCAUUUCAAGAAGAAAUUCACUUGUUGUUUUUGAUACAAGAAGAAAACAGAGGAUUAUAUCUUGUGAAGUUGCAUUGAAACCUGAUUCUGCAUCAGUUUCUUCUUCUAAAUCUGAGGAUGAAUUGAUGCAAGAAAAGGUUGGAGCUAGGGUUAGGGUAAAAGUACCAUUGAUAGUCUACCAUGUACCUAAAGUACCUGAAGUUGAUAUUACUGGAUUAGAAGGGACAAUUAAACAAUAUGUUGGUUUAUGGAAAGGGAAGAAUAUAUCUGCUAAUCUUCCAUUUAAGGUUGAAUUCUUUAAAGAAAUUGAAGGUCGUGGUAAUGUGAAAAUUGUUGCUCAUCUUAAAGAAGAUGAAUUUGAAUAUCUUGAUUAAUCUAAUUUCAUCGAAGAAGAUGUAGUAUUCUCGGUCACUUAAUGUGCAGUGUAUUAUAUUACUGGGAAGGAAUUUAUUUUGCUUAUCGUCCUGAGCUUUUGGAUUGUAAGUUAAAUCCUAAUUUCUUCUUUUUGUUGUUGUUGUUGUUGUUAUUGUUACUACUGCUGGUAAAUCUAUCAUACAAUUGAAACUCUACUGGUUUUAGUAUUAGGAAAAAUAAACAAGAUUUUAAUUGCUUUAAUUCA